AUGAAAAAUCAAGAUAAAGAGAUAUAUAGAUCCAAGAAAUAUAGAUUAGAAAAGGAUGAUUUAUUGAGAUAAAUUUAAGAGUUAAAUGAUUUAGUUUAACAUUUGAGAAAGGAUAAUGAUAAUUUGAAUAUGAGUUAAAAAAAUAUAAAUUUAUUCGUUAUAUUUGGAUUAAUAGAGUCAAUAACAAGAACAGAGAAUCUAAUGGGAAGUAGAAAAUGA